AUGACAAUCGUGAACUUGAGCAACGGGAAUGGCAACCAUGCCAGGCCAAAGCCCAUCAUUUCCGCGGAUGUUCUCAUUGUCGGUACUGGCCCUGCUGGUGCCUCUCUAGCAUGUUUUCUGGCGUACUAUGGUAUCCGAGGAAUCAUGGUCAGCUCCUGUCCCACGAGUGCCGAUACUCCAAGAGCGCACAUUACCAACAUGGCUGCCAUGGAGUGCCUUCGAGACAUUGGUCUAGAUGUCGAAUGCAACCGCCUUGCAACUAAUGGAAUGAACAUGAUGCACACUCGCUGGGCAUACAGCAUGGCAGGGGAUGAAUACGCACGAAUCCACUCCUGGGGACACGAUCCGAAACGCAAGGGUGACUAUGAAACAGCCAGUCCGUGCGACCCUGUCGAUCUCCCCCAGACCCUCCUCGAGCCCAUCCUCGUCCGAUACGCCACACUGAACGGCUUCAGCUGUCGCUUCGACACCACAUUCAUCAACUUCGUCCAAGAUACCGAGGGAGCCACAUCAAUACUCCGUGAUAACAUCACCGGAGCGGAAUAUAAAAUUCGCUCGAAGUAUUUAUUCGGCGCAGAUGGAGCUCGUGGCGAAGUUUUCCGCCAGCUCGGCCUUCCACUGGACGUGCGGCCGGACCAGGGCCUUGCAUUCAAUGUCCAUCUAAAAGCAGACCUUUCAAGCUAUAUGCAGUAUCGCACAGGCAAUCUCCACUGGCUUUUACAGCCGGAUAGAGAACACCCGCUUUUCGGGUGGGCGUGCAUUGCGAGAAUGGUCAAGGCGUGGGAUGAGUGGCUUUUCAUUGUUCUACCUGAGCGUGGAAAGGAGCUUGAAAUUAACCCGACUAAUGAGGAGUGGCUUGGUCGUAUGAAAGAGUUUAUUGGAGAUGAUUCCAUUGAUACGGAGAUUCUGGGUGUGUCUAAGUGGCGUAUCAAUGAUGUUGUUGCGGAGAGCUUUUCUAAGGGCAGAGUGUUCUGUCUUGGUGAUGCCGUGCAUCGGCAUCCGCCUUCGAAUGGACUCGGUUCCAAUACUUGUAUACAAGAUGCAUACAACCUGGCUUGGAAGGUUGCAUAUGUUCUGAAGGGCCAAGCAUCUCCCUCCCUGCUCGACUCGUACACCGCCGAGCGUCAACCUGUUGGUCGUGGAGUGGUCAGUCGCGCCAACGAGUCAUUCCGACACCACGGCCCUGUCUGGGAAGCACUUGGAGUUACCCUGUCCACGCCUGAAGAGAGAACACAGGCACUUCACGAAUUGACACUGCCUACACUGAAGGGUCGAGCUCGUCGCGCUGCUCUCCAGGCUGCCAUUGAGGUAACGGAACACGAGUAUCAUGCGCUGGGCACUGAAAUGGGCCAAUUCUACCAAAGCUCUGUUGUAUAUUCUGCGGAUGAAAAUUCCUCAUUCUUGUCUCCUGAGGUAGUUGCUAAAGACCGUGAUCUGAGCCUCAUUCGAAGCACAUAUCCUGGAUGCCGCUUGCCUCACGUCUGGCUUAACAAUGCAACUCCAGUGCAGCGCAUUUCUACCAUUGACUUGGCUGGAAAGGGUGCUUUCGCGCUAUUUACUGGCAUUGGAGGUGAUGCUUGGAAGGCAGCUGCUUCAAGGGUUGCAGAGGACCUGGUUAUUCAAGUCAAGGCCUACUCCAUCGGUUUCCGCUCAGAUUAUGAGGAUGUUUACUUUGACUGGGCGCGUGUUCGCGGUGUUGAUGAGACGGGAUGUGUUCUCGUUCGACCCGACAACUUCGUUGCUUGGAGAUGUAACGAGGUGCUGGGGGAUGAAGCUCAAUGCGCGUCGAAGCUAGUUGAGGUCAUUCAGAGCAUUCUCGGUCAGUAA